CGCGUGGCCAUCACUUUCACUGAUUGUUGACAACGCACCCUGCGCGCGUGCACUACUACGCUGCUCAGAGGAGUGAGGUGAAUUUUCUCUUCACACUGACGGAGCAGCUUCACAGGCAGGGACCAGAGACGCUUUUUCUUUUCUGAAAAAAAAACAAACAAAACAACAACAACAAAUUGUCAAACCAGUUGCGUAAAACGGAGCGGCAUCGCGAAGAACAGAAGCAGGUGCGCUGCUUGCACUCUUUAUUUGACGGAACCCUGAAGUCAUGCGCGCGCUUAUUGAUGAAAAGUUAAUUCACGCGUAUUAAGACACAGACAGCGGGAGAAGUGAAGUGCACAGAGCGCGCGUUUCGCUGCUCAUUAAUUACUCGUCGUACGUUCGCACCGGGAAUAAACAAUCAUAAUGUCGAGGAAAAAAGCGGUCAAAGGGAAGGGGAGUUCAAAUACACCGAGCUCAUCUCCGAGCAGCGAUAAAGAGAAGGGUAAGAAAGUCCCGACCCAGUGCAACGGAGUGGUGCAUCCCAGCAGACCCUCUCUCAGCAACAGCGGAGAAUUCUACGACAUCGCCUUCAAGGUAAUGCUGGUUGGUGACUCUGGGGUGGGGAAAACCUGUCUGCUGGUUCGCUUUAAAGAUGGAGCGUUUCUGGCUGGCAGCUUCAUCUCAACAGUCGGUAUAGACUUCAGGAAUAAGGUGCUGAACAUUGAUGGUGUGAGAGUCAAACUACAGAUCUGGGAUACGGCGGGACAGGAGCGAUUCAGGAGUGUGACGCAUGCCUACUACCGAGAUGCUCAUGCUCUUUUGCUGCUCUACGAUGUGACAAAUAAAGCUUCUUUUGACAACAUACAGGCCUGGCUCACAGAGAUUCACGAGUUUUCUCAGCAGAACGUAGUGAUCAUGCUUCUGGGUAACAAGGCCGAUUCCACACAUGAAAGGAUUGUGAAGAGAGAGGAGGGUGAAAAACUGGCCAAGGAGUUUGGCGUUCCCUUCAUGGAGACCAGUGCUAAAUCAGGUCUGAAUGUGGAGUUGGCCUUCACUGCUGUGGCCAAGGAACUGAAGCACAGGGAGAUGAAGGAGCCUAACGAGCCAAAGUUUCAGCUGCAGGAGUAUGUUAACAAGGAGAUGAAGGGAGUCGGCUGCUGUCGCUCCUAAAGCCGCGUGCGCACGAGCCCGUCUCUCUGUCUGUUUGUGUGUUUUUCCACUUUCAUCCUCUUCUCUCGCAUAAAUUGGAUGCCUGUCAGAUAUUCUGCGGCUCUGGAGACUUUCAUUUUCAAACGCUAUGUUCUUUCUUUGGACCUCCAUGCACUUCACAGCUCGCAAACAAUAGCGAACGACACAAAGCAAACAUGGCGUAAAGAGAAGCAGUCGACAGAAUGCAAUCGGCAUGUGCUUAAAUAUUCACACCCUCAAUAAACACAGACCCACCUCUCCAAGCAGCUGUGAAUGUAUGUCCGACACUCAUGACCAGUGUGUCUCAAAGUGUGCUCUUAUUACAUGUCAAAAUCAUUCAGUCACCCAAUUACUUAGUUAGAUGUACUUUUCUGUGGCAGCUUCACUUGAACCCAAUUAUAUACCACUUUUACUGUUAAAAAUACCCACAAGUGUGUCAAAAACGUGGCUGUUCAGCACAGAGAUAAUUACAAGUGUAAAAUCAUAAUUAACAAAGACUUAUCUUUUUAUAACAUGCGCUUUUCUGUGGUUUCAGUCUCAUUAUGUAAACGUCUUACAAAAUGAGUCCUGAUGCACUUUGUAGACCUUGAAAACAUAGUGGAACAUUAAAAAAAAAUGCAUUAUUUUAAUGAAACAGCUUGCAUUUCUUGAUUUGUUUCUUGUCCAGAUCACCACCCAAUGAAAAGAAUAUAGCUGAUUUUCAUUGUUUGUUUUUUAAUUUUUUUUUUAUCAUUCUGUUUUAAAGCCUUGGUAAUGAUCGUUUACUAUAACUAAGUAACUAUAACUUUUUAUUGUGUCUCUUUAAGGUUAAAUUUUCCAGACUUCUCUAUGUUAUGUACAAUUUGAUCAUUUCAAAUUUAAGCCAUCACACAUUACGCUACAAUCCAUGGAAGCUUGUUUCUGUCAUAUUCAGAUAAAGAACUGCAAGAAGUGUGUAUAAAAUGCAGAAUUGCAUGAUUUAAACUCAGAAUUGUGAGACAUAAACUUGCUAUUUUAAGAAGAAAAGUCCAAAUUGUGAGAGAAGAAGGUUUGAAUUCUGAGAUAAAAAGACACAAUUAAGUUGAUGUAAAUAAAGAAAUCAGAGAAAAAAGGUCAAAUCAAGAUUCUGUUGAUAGAUGGAAAGUUUGGUUAAAUUUGUCAUGGCCUCUUUACGCUCACAGAAGCACAUGCUCAUAUUCAUGCCAUAUUCUCUCCACUUUUGUCCUUGUUAUUUGCCAAUGUCUUCUCAUGAAAUAUGAACUAAUAUGAAAGAUGAAUGUAUGUAUUGUACAUAUGAAAAACAUCAUAUGGCACUUACAGUAGUUUGCAUAACAUAUAAUUAAUGUUUUGUUAAAGAUUUAAUAUCGUCCUGUACGCUAAAUAUAUAGAAAGCUUUAACUAGAAUUAGUAGCAUUAAAUGAUGUUCAGAAUGUGCCGGAAUUUAAUAACUUGAUGUUACGUCAAUACUAUGCGUACUGUGGAUUGUUUAGUAUAUCGUGCUGUACAAAUAUUUUCACUUGAAGAGUUUUCAGUACUAUGCCUUUUGCACUUUUGUUCUUGUUGUUUUUCUGUUGUUGUUGUUCAUAUUUUUUAUAUCAUCUGAAACUAAAGGAAGACCAGUAUAUGGCCUGAAAUGAAUAUUUUGUUGGUCAAGAAAUUUGUACUGAUGUGCCAUUUUUAGCUGCUCAGAGAUUUUUGAUGACAAAUCAACUGAUGUAUAUAAGUUCAAUUCAAUUUGUUUUCCCCUGUGAAGAAAUCACACGAACAGGUAAUAUCACAGAAAUGACAAGCAAUGAUAUACGCAACUUUUUUCUAUCUGGUAGAGGUCAACUCACAGUGUUGAUCUAAAUGUUGACAUGAUUUUUUUUUUUUUCAAGGUUUUUAUGUAACGUGUAUUGUAUUAUUCCCAACAAUAAAGCGGACA